AUCUAUUGGUUGAGUACCAAACAAAGAUAAAAAAAAAAAUUGGAUUGGUGUGGGAAAAAAAAAAUUAAAAAUCAUUAAAAAAAAAAAAAGGCAUUGAAUUUACAUGUAUAGCCAUUUUGUGACGCCUCGCGGUUUUUUGGCUCCUCGUAAACAAUAAAAAUAUAUUAUAACAAAUUAAUAAUUUUUGAUUAGAUUAACAAAUUACAUUUUAAUUAACAAUAAAUAUCGACAAAAUGUCGAAACGUAGAAUUGAAGUUGCUGAUCCUUACAUCAAACGAAAACGUGAUGGUGAAGCUGGUGAAAAUUCAUCGACAUCAGCACUUGCCCCAUCAAUACCAGCUCCAUUACCAAAAGCUCAAUCACAAAUAAAUCCAUACACACAAUUACCAUACACAGCUCGUUAUCAUGAUUUUUAUAAAAAACGUAUAACACUUCCAGUAUUUGAAUAUCGUGCUGAAUUUAUGCGUUUAUUAGCACAACAUCAGUGUAUUGUACUUGUUGGUGAAACUGGAUCUGGUAAAACAACUCAAAUACCACAAUGGUGUGUUGAAUACUCAGUGUCAAUGGGAUCAAAAGGUGUUGCAUGUACUCAACCACGUCGUGUUGCUGCAAUGUCAGUUGCUCAACGUGUAUCUGAAGAAAUGGAUGUACAACUUGGUGAACAAGUUGGUUAUAGUAUACGUUUUGAAGAUUGCAGUGGACCACGAACAGUUUUAAAAUAUAUGACUGAUGGUAUGUUAUUACGUGAAGGUAUGUCUGAUCCAAUGCUUGAAGGUUAUCAAGUUAUAUUACUUGAUGAAGCUCAUGAAAGAACAUUAGCAACUGAUUUAUUAAUGGGUGUAUUAAAAGAAGUUAUAAAACAACGUUCAGAUUUAAAACUUGUUAUUAUGAGUGCAACACUUGAUGCUGGUAAAUUUCAACAAUAUUUUGAUAAUGCACCACUUAUGAAUGUACCUGGUAGAACACAUCCAGUUGAAAUUUUUUAUACACCAGAACCAGAAAGAGAUUAUCUUGAAGCAGCAAUACGUACUGUUAUACAAAUACAUAUGUGUGAAGAAGUACCUGGUGAUUUAUUAUUAUUUUUAACUGGACAAGAAGAAAUUGAAGAAGCAUGUAAAAGAGUUAAAAGAGAAAUGGAUAAUUUAGGACCAGAAGUUGGUGAAUUAAAAUGUAUACCAUUAUAUUCAACAUUACCACCAAAUUUACAACAAAGAAUAUUUGAAUCAGCACCACCAAAUAAACAAAAUGGUGCUAUUGGUAGAAAAGUUGUUGUAUCAACAAAUAUUGCUGAAACAUCAUUGACAAUUGAUGGUGUUGUAUUUGUUAUUGAUCCUGGUUUUGCUAAACAAAAAGUAUAUAAUCCACGUAUACGUGUUGAAUCAUUACUUGUAUCACCAAUAAGUAAAGCAUCAGCACAACAAAGAGCUGGUAGAGCUGGACGUACAAAACCUGGUAAAUGUUUUAGGCUUUAUACUGAAAAAGCAUAUAAAAAUGAAAUGCAAGAUAAUACAUAUCCAGAAAUAUUACGUUCAAAUCUUGGUAGUGUUGUAUUACAAUUGAAAAAAUUGGGUAUUGAUGAUUUGGUACAUUUUGAUUUUAUGGAUCCACCAGCACCAGAAACACUUAUGAGAGCACUUGAAUUACUUAAUUAUUUAGCUGCUCUUGAUGAUGAUGGUAAUUUAACUGAUUUAGGUGCUAUUAUGGCUGAAUUUCCAUUGGAUCCACAACUUGCUAAAAUGUUGAUUGCAUCAUGUAAUCACAAUUGCAGCAAUGAAAUACUCAGUAUCACUGCAAUGUUAUCAGUCCCACAGUGUUUUGUCAGACCAAAUGAAGCUAAAAAAGCAGCAGAUGAUGCUAAAAUGAAAUUUGCCCAUAUUGAUGGUGAUCAUUUGACGUUAUUAAAUGUUUAUCAUGCUUUCAAACAAAACAAAGAAGAUCCACAAUGGUGUUAUGAUCACUUUGUCAACUAUCGUUCAUUAAAAAGUGGAGACAAUGUACGUCAACAAUUAAGCAGAAUUAUGGAUAGAUUUUCACUUAAAAGAACAUCAACUGAUUUUACUUCAAAGGAUUAUUAUAUUAACAUAAGAAAAGCACUUGUUGAUGGUUUUUUUAUGCAAGUUGCACAUUUGGAAAGAACUGGACAUUAUUUAACUAUUAAGGAUAAUCAAAUUGUUCAAUUACAUCCUAGUACAUGUUUAGGACACAAACCAGAAUGGGUUAUUUACAAUGAAUUUGUUCUAACAACAAAAAAUUAUAUUAGAACUGUUACUGAUAUUAAACCUGAGUGGCUUUUGAAAAUAGCUCCACAAUAUUAUGACCUACAAAAUUUCCCACAAUGUGAAGCAAAGAGACAGCUUGAGGUCAUUCAAGCAAGAAUAGAGUCAAAACAAUAUCAAGAAGGCUUCUAACCAUCUUCGAGCCUAGAAAAACUUUCAUUAUUGUUAUUCAGUAGCUUCAAUAUUUCAUGAUAUAAAUAUUAUCAUUUUGAUCCAUUUUAAUUGUUGAUAACAAUUUUUUUAGAGCACUGUAAACUAUUUUUCUUUUUACCUUCAAAUUAAAAAUAUCACUUUCAUAUUUAUAUUAUUAUAAAUAACAAACAAUAAUAAAUUAAACAAUUUUAUGCUUUUUAUUAUUUCAAAAAAAAAAAAAAAACAAUUUAAAAUGUACGAGUUUAAAUAUUAAUAAGCACGAGAUAAAAAAAAAAAAACAACAACAUUUAUUUAUAUUGCUUAUUAACAGAUACAAUUAAUUUUAUUAUAAUUGUUUUCUCAGCAUUAGAUAAUUAUAAUUAAUGAAUUAAUAUACAUAGAAAUUUCUUAGAAUUAGAAAAAACAUUUUUCUUUUGUUAGAAAUACUUUUAAUUUGACAAUAGAAUCAAACAAAAAUUAAUAAGAUAAAAAAGUAAAUAUAGUUUUAGUUUCAUCAACAGUACAGUGUUUUAUUUUUUUCAGCAAUAGUUGUUUAAUUAGUAAAACAAAAAAUUAUGUAAGGGCAUUAUUUGUAUUUUAACGAAGAAAAAAAAAAAAAAAAAAGGAAUUUAAGUUUUGUAAAUAAUUAACAAUUGAAUAUUUCAAUUUAAAUUAUCUAUGAGGAAUGAAAUAUGAUUGACAUUGUAAUGAAUCAUUCCAAUCAAUAAAAAAUUUAAAAAUAAUAAUAAA